AUGUCUCUUACUGGAAAAACUGUCAUCAUCACCGGAGGUGUCAAGAACCUUGGAGCUCUUACUGCCCGCCUUCUCGUCCCCUUGGGUAACCCCAAUCUUGUUCUUCACUACCACUCUGAAGCUGAUAAAGUUGAGGGUGAAAAGUUUGUCAAGGAACUCGCUGGUCUCGGAAGCAAAGCCAUCAUUGUCCAAGGUGCUCUUCAGAAGCCAGCCGAUAACGUUAAGCUUUUUGAUGCUGCUAUCAAGGAGUUUGGUGGUGUUGACAUUGCUAUCAACAAUGUUGGUAAGGUCCUCAAGAAGCCAAUUGUCGACAUUUCUGAGGCUGAAUACGACUCAAUGUUUGAUGCUAAUACCAAGUCUGCCUUUUUCUUCCUUCAGGAGGCUGGCAAAAAGCUCAAUAAGGAUGGCCGCAUUGUUAUGGUUGUGACCUCCCUUUUGGGUGCCUUCACCCCAUUCUAUUCUACUUAUGGUGGCUCCAAGGGUGCUGUUGAGCACUUUGUUCGUGCCGCUGCUAAGGAAUUCCAGUCUAAGGGCAUUUCGGUCAGCUGCGUUGCCCCUGGUCCUAUGGAUACCCCAUUCUUUUACGCUCAGGAGAGCAAGGAAUCUACCGAGUACAUGAAGAGCGUCUCUCUCAAUGGCAAGCUCACCGAUAUCAAGGACAUUGCUCCUCUCAUCAAGUUCUUGGUUACUGAGGGCUGGUGGAUCACUGGUACCACCAUCUUUGCAAAUGGUGGUUUCACAACUCGUUAA